AUGAUAGACAUGGAAGUGGAAUGGGGAAGAGAAUUCCUGAGAAAGGAUGUUCUGUGUCUUUCAGUAACAGAAGGUUUGAGAUCAGCGGGGCUGCCAUCUCACUCACCUGUAAUUUCACAACAUUCUAAGGGGAAUAAAUCACCAGAUUUGCUGAUGCAUCACGGUCCACCAGACACUGCAGAAAUAAUAAAAACAUUACCUCAGAAAUACAGAAGGAAACCUGUAUCUCAAGAAGAAAUGGAAUUUAUCCAACGUGGAGGUCCAGAAUAAUCAUUGUGGCUGCUGUUUGUCAUCAGACAAAAGAAUUAUCUUUACAGUAGAGGACUUCCAAGACAAAUGAAAAACUGUAUAUUAAUCUUAAUAAAUAUU